AGCAGAGAGACCGAUCGCGCCGCCCACCGGUUUAACCUGCGCACCUGGCCGCAGGACGACUGCGCAUCAUGUGCAGGUCCCUCGGUUUCAGAAUGUUCCUGCUGGCGAGUAUCGUGCUCUCGAGUCUGCUGUUUCGUGAGACCAUCGCCGAGGAAGUGUCCGCCUUCCAAACCGUCCACAACAGCAACGCGGCCAUCUUGAAUCGCCUAGGCCUGACACCACUUCGUUUCCCAGACGGACACCACAAGAAGCGUCUAGCAGGUCCAGAGCCACCAGCAGACCACCAAAACAGGAUCCACCAGCCAUACAGCAGACGCCAUGGCCACCGAGACAGCCACGUCUACAUCGUGAAGCUCCCAGCAAGUCCGCCCUACUACACCCUAACAAAACCACACAAAAAGGAGGAGAAGACAAGAAACAACCUGGGCCUCCCGGUGGGAUUCCACAGCAACGGGAAGCCUGGGAAGAUCUACCACUGGAACCUGCCAGUGAUGAAGAAGAUGUCCGAGAAGAGGAGAGUCCUAGCCCAGGACCAGCUGAAGCAGCUGAGGAAGCGGCUCCAGGAGGAGAAGAAAGGACCCAAAGAGCCCAACCCCGCUGCAGCAUCCCCAGGAAGAGUUAAGACACCCGUGGAGUCGAAAGGGUCCAGCAAAUACGCGGUGGCGAAUCUCCUGGACGCCGAAUCCAGGACCAACAACAGGAGACUGACCCAUCUGGAGGUUCCUGGCGAGAAGCGGCCCAAGAACACCACCAACAAGAUGUUCAGGCUGGAGGAUGACUCCGUUGUGUACAGGCUGGAUGCUCGGAGGAAGGAUAGACCUAGGUGGCCCCAUCUAGGGAAUGAUCUUCAUGGGUUUAGGAGUGACCUGGAGCCGGGCCAGAAGGCCAAGAAGCAUAAGAAGAAGGCUGCCAUGUCCUAUUAUGCUCCCAUGGCCUCCAAGACCAGCACCACCAGCAUUCAGAAGAACUUUGCUGGAAAUGGGAAGCCUAAAGCCUUCUAUGUCAUGGAGAAGAGCCGGAAACCGGUGUAUUAUCAUCCGUUGUUGCCGUAAGAGGUGUUGGGGACGUGAUGACUAGGGAUGUGGGGUUCAGAAGCUGUUUAGAACUUCAGAGGGAACAGGGAACGUAUAAUGUUGGUUAGGGAGAUGGUUUUGAAGGUUCUGGGGGUGCUUUCAACGAUUCGGGGGAGGAAUUGAUGUUUGCUGGUUGCAAGAGUUCGCGAAACCGAUGGACAAUCAUCCGUUGUUGCCGUAAGAGGUGUUGGGGACGUGAUGACUAGGGAUGUGGGGUUCAGAAGCUGUUUGGAACUUCAGGGGGAUCAGGGAACGUAAGAUCUUGGUUUAGUUGAUGGUUUUGAAGGUUCUGGGGGUGCUUUCAACGAUUGGGGGGAAGAAUUGAUGUUUGCUGGUUGCAAGAGUACGCAAAACCAGUGGACUAUCAUCCGUUGUUGCCGUAAGAGGUGUUGGGGACGUGAUGACUAGGGAUGUGGGGUUCAGAAGCUGUUUGGAACUUCAGAGGGAUCAGGAAACGUAAGAUGUUGGUUAGGGAGAUGGUUUUGAAGGUUCUGGGGGUGCUUUUA